GACACCAGAUGCGGCGGCAAAACGUUUUCCGGGACAAUCCAGACUCUGACCAGAGCAUUUCCGAAGAUGAAGAUCUCGAUGCUGAUUUUCCUGAAAAUUGUGUAUAUCGGCAGUCGGAUAUAAAGGAAGAAUUGCAACUUCCAUUACGGCUGGAGAUACUGAAAGGUGCCCAUCGUGCCCUUGAAUUGGAUGGUGGAAGGAAAACUAGCCAUUUAUCUGACAAGAAGGAAACAAAUGUCUCUCAAGAAGAUGAUGUUGAAAUGCCUCAGUUCCAUAAUGAGGAAAACAUCUCUGAUGAUGAGGAAAACAUCGUGCCUUUAAAAAUUUCUGCUACCUCUGGCACUAAAAAGUGGCAUGAAGAUGAUAACCACAGCUUUGGAAGUGGGAAGCAAGAUGAGGCACAUACAUGGUCCAAUAUAAGCAAAGAAGCUGAUGCACUAAUAUGGUUGAAUAAGAAUGCUCCAGGUUCAUCAUCCCAUUAUGCCUACCCUGUCGCAAACAAACCCCAAAAAGGCAUGAGAUGCAAGGCUAAACGAAAAUUCUUAUUCCGGUUCCAGUCACGUGAGGGAGGACUCUCUUGUCCCUCUAUCUCUAAUGAUGAAAAAUAUGUGUCACUCAAGGAUCAUGAAGCAUCCGAAAGAUUGGAAACAAUUGAGCCUAGAUCUGAAGAACAUUCAAUUGCUGGGGUUCUUGAAGAUUAUCAAAGAGAGAACGAAAUUCAGUCAGAGGUUGUGUGCGCUGAAGUAGGAGCUCUUGGGCAUGGAGGCAUUGAGCAAUCAAUGGCUGAUCUUUUAGAUGGCCUUCAGGAUAGGGCUGUUGUGCUGAAAGGAGUUUCGGCAAAGCAGUAUAGUAAUACGAGAGGUAAAGAGGUACAGAUUGUUACAAAGAGAAAUCUCUCUUCGCUGGGAGAUAUAACUGUUGACAGCGAGGACUCCCCUGAAUCCAUGGAUAGUGGAUCAUCUAGUGAGGACAAGGCUAGAGAUCAAAAACUAGAGGUUAAUAUCCCAGAUAUGAAAGGGCAAACUAUGACAGACCGGUUUCAAGCAGCUUUAGGUGCUACUUUUUUAAAUGAGGAAGGGGCCCUUGUUGCAGUUCCUAAACCAUCAGGAAUUGGUUUGUUUGGGAAGUUGCAGCAGCUCAUGCAGAGUGAAAAAGAAAGAGAUAUGAUUUUCUUGAAGAAGUUGCAGACUGGAUCUAGUACAAAUGAUGAAGCAAACUGCAUUGUUGUUAAGAUCCUUGCAAGAUGCUUGGAUGCAAAGAUGACGGUUUGCCAAUGCUCUUUUGUCAAGAACAUGGAGAGCCCCAUGCAGUCAGGGAGCCCUCAAACAAUGGUAAAUGGAGGAAGGAAAACAACAAUUAUUUUUCAUCCUAGGGUUAGCGGUGACGUUGACCUUGAAGUUGGGAACUUGAUUCGCAUUCACCCCCCAUGGAGGGAGGUUCAAGUGGGAAAUGAUGAGAGUAUUGUUCUCUCCACAUAUUUCUCCCAAGUUCUAAUUUGACCGUGUAAAGUAUGCCAGAAGUAGAUGUAUAAUAAGGAUAAAGUGCCAUAUUCAGUUGCAUCUGGAGUCUGUGUGUUCAGCCACCAAACUCUGUUUCCGUUGGCAUGGGCAAGAGACAUGGUUGCACAAAAAGGAAGAUGAGAGAUUCUGUGCAAAAGGAAGAAAUUUACAUACAUACAUACACACACUCAGAUGGUUUGAAUCUGAUCAUUUGACAAGAUGAUGGACAGAAAGAAAGUAAAAUUUUUAGCUUUCAAUUUUAUUCGGGGCUGGAACAGCACAGAUGAGUAGAUUUGAUAUGAAAUAUUUGAAAUAGCUACUUUCACGAGGAAGUAUCUAUAAGCUGUGAACUUUGAUGGAUGCAUUCCCACACAAUUAGCUAUAUACUUGAGUCUGUUUCUUUUAUUCUGUUGCAGCUAAAUUAUUUCACUAGAAGUCACUCUCUUUAGAAAUAUUUGAAGUAGCUACAUUUUCUUGUGCUAUAGAAUGGGGGGCAGUAAUUUAGCGAUCAAAUUAGAAUGGAAAAAUCUAUUCAUAAUCCGGUUCUACCGAUCACACGCCACACAAAAGGCCACCUGGCAAACCGGUUUACUUCUUCCUCCGGUCCAAUUUGAAGUUCGAACUCACCAUCUCUCACCUCUCCUCAUUUCCCUCUCUCGUUCAUCCCUCUCCUUCCUCCCGACACUCCCUCUCUCGCCUCUCCCUCCCUUAAUCAACUUCUUCCUCUCUCAAUUCUCUCCCUCCCUGAAUUAAUCAGACUACCACAACCUCCCUUCAGAAAUCCCUCUCUCAAGACCUUGACUAUCACUACCACAAAGGCAACUCGACGGAGCUGGACUCCCAAAGCCGCGAUGACGGACUGAGCUCGACCCCCAGAAAAAUCACAUAUCUAGACCUCGAGAGAAGCUUCCUGCCGCUGUUCUUCACAAAGGCGAUUUGGGUCUGGAUCUCACAAAUUCAUUUUAGGCAUCCAGGCCAUUUUCCCUAUCAAAUGACAAGUUCAAGUACCAAUACCGAUUCAAGUGCGUAGACUUUAAGAGAGAAAGACAAAGCAAGUUUGGACAGGCCAUUUUGCUACUGUGGCAUUCCAUCGAAACUUCGAAUAUCUGGGAAGAAUAAUAGUUUUGACAGAAGAUUUUACAAUUGCCCAAACUUUAAGAUCAAUAAAUAAUGUGAAUAUUUUGAAUGGAUUGAUAAUGAAAGUCAACGAAAUCCAUGCUGAAAGAUGACAUUGGAGUUAGCUCAACAAAGGAAUGAGAGGUUAUUUCAUGAACAUGUAACGAUCAAAACUGCCAAAUAUAAAGCAAUGGAGAAGAAGUAUAAUAGUACUUUAAAAGUG